UUCUGCUUUUAUUUUGUUAAUUUUUCGGCUCUCCGUGUGUGGUAGUAAGAGAAGCAGGAAGAAAGAAAAAAAAAAUGUCGGAUGCCACGGGAUAUCCAGUUUAGAUGAGCCCGUUUCAUCCAGUUUAUCGUCAGUUGAGGUCGGACUUUGCGCGUGAUCGGGCGGCAUCGGUUCUGUUGUGGUCGUUGAUUGUUGAGGAGGUUUUUAUUCAUCAAAAGAGAAGAAAAGUCCCGGCGGCAGCCUACAGAAAAACAGAAAAGCCCACCGGACUGAGUGUGGAAUGUUAACGAAAGAUAAACUUGUGCAAAUUCCUGCGUCAGAGUGGCACGAACUCCGGGAUCUGUUUGUGGUUGAAUGGCCCAGUCACGAGAUCGCGUACUACACCAUCCAGAACUACAUCGAUUGGUUUGCCAUUGAUCCGGAGAUAAAAAAUUUGCAGAUCCUCAGCCUGAAUGGGGAUUGGCGAGAUAAUGGGACCUACCUUAUUGUGGAUCGUUACCAAAUGUUCGUGUACACUUUGGAGGCGAACAACGACUCGCUGAAACGUGCUCUCUUCUUGAUCGAUUGGGACUACAGUUAUAAGAUGUGUAGCAUUCGCCAGUGUCAUCGACCGGCCUUGGAAGAGGUCUUCAGGGCGUUGCAAAUUGAGCUGGCAUGGCAAAGGGUCAGUAAAGUGUAUCGGCUGGCCGGCGAGGAGGCGGCCAAAUUCGAAUUUGCCAUCCCGCAGGGUAUGUAUAUGGAUCGGAUGAAGGUGGAGCAUGCCCCGAUGGCUAACGAGUUGUGGUCCCAUCGCUGUCAGGGAUCGGAAUUCUACAUGAAACGGAUCGCCGCAUGGAAUCCAUCAGUGGGUUUGUUCGACGAAAACGGUGAACCGGUGGCUUGGUGCUUCGUUUGGCCAACCGGGGCCAUCGGGCCGCUAGAAGUGACCAAAAAACAUCACCGCAAGGGCUACGGGACUAUCAUUGCGAAGGCAAUCGCCCAGGAGUUGGCCAAGAUUGGCCGUAAUUGUUAUGCUACAAUUUUGAGUUCCAACAUGGCGUCACAGACGAUGUUCGAUAAGAUUGGAUUCCAUGAAGUGGAUGAGGUUUAUUUUACAAGAAAUCGCGCGCGUAAACUGGUGGAGUGGGACUGCUGAAAAGUAAACAACGACACAACACGGUUUGGGUCCUGCGAAUCGCGAGGGGAAUGCAAAACAAGUGAUUAUUAUAUUGAAAAUACCUACUAUUACGUUGAUUCAUGUGCGGAAAAUGGAGCAACAUUUGAGUUCGGGUUAGGUUACGUUUCGGAUGCAAUGGUGUAACUAGGUUUGUUAUCGCAAUGAAAAUAGUAUAGUUAUUGAUUUGUUGUAGAACUAGAAGUGGAAACUGUUUAGACUUGGAUCAUGUGUUUGUGGAACAGCAGGCUUUCUCCGAAGUUUCCAGUCUGUUGUGUCUUCCAUCUCUUAGACAGGAAUAUUUGAAGGCACAAUUGUUUCAGUAAUUUAUUUGUUCUACUUAAAAGUUGUUUGAAUCCUUAAAGUUUUUCAAAUGUGAAUAAUUAACGAAAAGGUGAAUCUCUAAGGGAUUUUAUUUUUAAUAUGCUUACCCAGUGUCUUAUCCAAGCAACAAUUCAAUUUUUAUAAAAUUGUCUAGGUACGUUAUAAGGCUCUGCUGGCAAUCAGUUUGAAGUUUCAUAAAUGCACUUAUAUGAAGCUUGUAGUUAAAAAAAGCCCUUUUACCAGGGGUUUUGAAGAGCUUCUACAAUACUCGCUUGUUUAUCGGACGCUAUUUAAUCGAACACGCUCGGUAAUCGGACGUAUUCGAUGACUGAGGUCAAAUCCAAUUGACAUUCUACAUUCGGAAGUAUUGCUCAAAUAAUUUUACUCGAAGUACAAAGAUAUUGCACUCAUCGGAAAACUUCCUUGUGUCAAUGGUGCUUGAAACUGUUAAAUUAAUUACAUUACAUAUAGUUUUCUUUACUCAUUCAUAGUCGGUAAUAGUUGAUAUAUCAAUAAUAAGACCGUCAACAGUUUUUUCGACUGCCAAUUUUUAUGUUAUUAGAGCAAGUUCACUGGUGUUGGGAAAAAGUGGUGGAAAUUUUGUCACUUUUAGCACAUUUUAAUAUUUUUCCAUGCAAAAACAUUUUCAAGAUAUGUGGCAUUCAAGUUUUUUAACAACACGUGUUGUAGUUUCGCAUGCUGUGAUGCAAAAACAGCGAUAUUUCUAUCACAUACGGCUGAAAUAGAAAAGGUGCUGUAAAAAAUACAACGCCCAAAGAUCUUGAAAACAUUUUUGCAUGGUAAAAUUUUCAAAAUGUCAAAAUUUCUACCACUUUUUCCCAACACCAGUGAACUUGCUCUUAAAACAAACGAGUGUUUUCAUAGCCUUCUUUCUAGUUGCGGACUGUUUAUUGGUUUUAAGUCAGCCAAUUUAACUCGAAUUCAAGCAAUAACAGUGAAUAAGUGAGAUUUUCUAGAAAUUUUGUAUAAAGAACCUCAAGAAAAAAUAAAUUGAGAGUUUUAUAUCGGUUUGUUGCUGUCUGAAAGGGCAUUUAUAGGUUUCUUGUUUCAAUACGGUUAACAACUACGAAAGCUGUUUAAGUUUUCCAUAAAACAUCAUCUUGUACUUGCAUAGCACAAAGAAGUUAAAAUUGUUGUUUGAGAUUAAUCAUAUUGAAAAGGGAUAAGAAAUUUUAUUUAUAUGGAAAUUUCAAAACUGAAUACAUAGUUGUGGGGCUGAAGAUUGCCUAUUCCAGCAGAACAAUAACUAUCGAUUACUCAUUCACCAUUGAGCACAUCAUAGCGCCCCUCGUCCAUCAAUAAACACUCUACAAACUCUCCAACCACAUCUCUUCCUCUCCCCUCGUCCACGCACGUCCUCCCACGUCAGUCCAGUCGUGUCCUCGCUGCACGUCCGAAACGACGCGUCACAGUGCAUUCAUAGUGUUAAGCGAAAUCGAUUCCUUCCGCAGGUUCCGAACUUGCGCAAGGUAAGUAACAGGAAUCUCCCUUUUAAUUACUCGGCCGAAACCUGGCGCCACAAUAGUUAUGGAAAAGUAUAAAAAUAUUCUCACAACAUAUAUUCUUCUGAUUCGUUAUCAAUUUGAAGUCUUGUCGAUGAUCCCAUCAGGUUUUUUUUUUCAUUUUUUCACAUACUGUAAACAAUCGAGCUUAAAAUUAUAUGAGAUUAAUUGAUUGGGAGAAAAAUAAGUUUGAGGGAAUACAAGCACCUCAAAAAGCUGUUAAAAAGAAUUAAAGUUUUCAAAGAAACAGAGUCAUAACAUGUAUUUGUUAUUGGAGUGAAAAGCUGAACCCAAAUAAACUCAGGUUUCAAAAUAGAGGAUCAUGGUUCGAAAUCAGCUCAGCUUCGGCAAUAAGAGAUCAAAAUCUAAAUUGUUCUUCAUUUGAAAAAUAAUUCGUAGUAACGAUUCAAAAUAACAAUUUAUAGUCAACUUCAAGGAUUCAGAACCAGAAUUGAGAAAUACGAAUGAAGAAAUUUCAAUACAGAAUCACAAAAUAGAAAUACGACAUGGUUCUGAAAAUUGAACUCUGGAAUAUAAUGAUUUCACAAAGUUUAAGUUUGCAACGAUGAUUUUUUUUUUAAAUUUUAAUACAGACUUAAACGACAUCAUUUUUAUCUAAGGUGAUUGGAUGUUGUUUUGUUUGGUCCUCCGUUUUGUAGCUCAAGUCUGAACCCAAAUGUUGCUCUAGAAAUAACUGUGCACUAGAUUUAUGGAUGAAACUUUCAUACCGAUGAUGAGAAAAAAAUGACAUUUAUACUAAAUGAUAAUCGAUAAAUGAAGAAUUGUACUCAUAUCUGAUAGAUUGUAAGAAUGUAACGAAACUUUGUAACGGUUCAAUAUGUAAGUGGCUAUGUUAUGAUCAACAUUUUAUGUGUACUCGUUUGAUUGUAAUGAUUUUUUUUUUCUUUUGGAAAUAUAUGUAACA